UAGAUUCUGAAUCUUAGACCGUAAUUAUCUUCUUUACUUUAUUAGUCCCCACUUGUGUUAAUUUAUAGUUUUUGAAUUUUGAGUAUACUGAUCAAUAUAUCAGAUUUCUUUUUGCGCGCGCGCUGAGCGUGUUUAGUCGGGCUGGCGAUCUAUUUCCCCACCGGAACUAUGGUGUCGCACUAUUUCUCCAUCAAACUAUUGUCUCGUUUCAUUUCCCCACCAAACGAAAGUUAAAUAUCUAUAUACCCACCAUAUCAAAGUUAAAUAUCUCUUUUCCCACCCGACCAAUUUCGAUGGUUAAAUGUCGAAACCCCAGUACCAAACCAUCAAACCUCCGUUAGUAAACCGAAGGAAAACCCAAAUAUUGUUAAACCGGACCUAUAUCUCGGUGAUAACCCGACACAACGGUCAAAAAUCCCAAAUCUAAAAAAUCCCAAAUUGAUAAGAACCCUAGAAAAAACUGUAUAAUGUGAAUCUCAGAGUUCUUCUUCUUUUUUUCUUAUUGUCGAGUGCUUUUUGCUUUUUGUUCUUAAUCUCUUCUCACUUUGUGUUAAUUUUCAGAUCUAAAGCCAUGAGUAACGUGUCUGGAGCUUCUAGUGGUUCGUCAAGUGGACGUUCUGGAGGCAGAGUGUUUGGUGUGCCGAGAAUUUGUCAUUGUGGGGUUCAAAUAAUGGAAUUGGUUUCUAAAUCCAGCAACAAUCCGUAUCGGCGUUACUAUCGUUGCGGAUAUGCUGUAUCUAAGAAGCUCUCGAAUGACAACCACACUUUCAAGUGGGUCGAUGAGGCUUAUUUAGAUGAGAUAGAGGCAUUAAAAAUGAAAAAUGCUUCACUUGCGGCAAAACUGGAGACAGUUACAAUGGAGAGGAAUGAGUUUGAGAGAAUAGUGUUUGAGAAUGUGCAAAUGAAGCUUGAAAAGGAGAUUUUCGAGAGAGUUGAAGAGGCUUUGGUUGAAUCAUCUUCUACGAUGAAGAAAAUGAUGGUUGUUGUAGUUGUUUUGUGUAUGGUCAUGGUUGGGUUUAGUAAGCUCUUUGGUUGA